GGAAGUAUUCAUGCUGUCAGCAUUACGGAGGAGUAACGGUACAUGGGGGUAAUCUGGCAUUGCAGUGUCCUGUAGUACGGUUUCCUUAAUUUAGAAGUCAAAAUACAUAUUUUGUUAUUUAUUCAUGUUACAGUAAAACAGGGAUAUUUGUCUAACCCAAGCAAUGGCUGUGCAUUUACCUCCUUGCGUUAUUGACUGUGGAACUGGAUACACAAAGAUUGGCUAUGCUGGGAAUACUGAACCACAGUUCAUCAUACCUUCAUGUAUUGCUAUAAGAGAAUCUGCAAAAGUGGGUGACCAGGCACAGAGGAGGCUGAUGCGUGGAGUGGAUGAUUUAGAUUUCUUCAUUGGAGAUGAAGCUAUUGAUAAGCCAACCUAUGCAACAAAGUGGCCAAUUCGACAUGGUAUAAUUGAAGACUGGGAUUUGAUGGAGAGAUUUAUGGAACAAGUAAUAUUUAAAUAUCUACGAGCAGAGCCUGAAGACCAUUAUUUUCUUAUGACAGAACCUCCACUGAAUACUCCUGAGAACAGAGAAUACUUAGCAGAAAUCAUGUUUGAAUCAUUUAAUGUUCCUGGUCUCUAUAUUGCUGUGCAGGCAGUAUUGGCUCUGGCAGCUUCUUGGACUUCCAGGCAGGUUGGAGAACGUACGCUGACUGGUAUUGUCAUAGACAGUGGCGAUGGAGUGACUCAUGUGAUUCCAGUGGCAGAAGGAUACGUCAUUGGAAGCUGCAUCAAACACAUCCCCAUUGCAGGCAGAGACAUCACGUAUUUUAUACAGCAGCUCCUGAGAGAAAGAGAGAUAGGAAUCCCUCCUGAGCAGUCUCUGGAAACGGCAAAGGCAGUCAAGGAAAGGUACUGUUACAUCUGUCCAGAUAUUGUCAAGGAAUUUACAAAAUAUGACACAGAUCCUGGAAAAUGGAUAAAGAAGUACAAGGGCAUUAAUGUCAUAAGCAAAAGAGAAUUCCUGAUAGAUGUUGGAUAUGAAAGAUUCCUGGGCCCAGAAAUCUUCUUUCAUCCAGAGUUUGCCAACCCUGAUUUUAUGCAGCCCAUUUCAGAUGUAGUUGAUGAGGUAAUACAGAAUUGCCCAAUAGAUGUCAGACGGCCACUGUACAAGAAUGUUGUCCUUUCUGGUGGAUCUACGAUGUUUAGGGACUUUGGACGACGUUUGCAGAGGGAUCUGAAGAGAGUGGUUGAUGCCAGGUUAAGACUUAGUGAAGAGCUAAGUGGCGGGAGGAUAAAGCCCAAACCCAUUGAAGUUCAGGUAAUAACACAUCACAUGCAACGCUAUGCAGUUUGGUUUGGAGGUUCCAUGCUUGCUUCAACGCCUGAAUUCUUCCACGUGUGCCACACUAAGAAGGACUAUGAAGAGUAUGGGCCCAGUAUCUGUCGCCACAACCCUGUCUUUGGAGUCAUGUCAUAAUGUUGUGCUUUUGUCAAUGAACACUUUGGCAGUAAAAGGUGAACAUUGUGACUUGUAAUGCUGGUACCAGGGAUGGGAAGAAAACCUGCUGUCAGAAAGACUAGAGGCACUUCAAGUGAAGCCAUACAAUGAUGACUGUUUUCUAGCAUUGAUUUUAUGUCCCUCAUAAUGCUCCUGUUCUGCAGAGCAGACUUAGGUUGUGCAAAGGCUAAAUUCUAUAUCUAAUUAUUUGGGCUGUGGAAGAGGGCACUCAAAGAUAAUUUUUUAAGCAGCCCUAAAAAAAUGCAAAAUGCAAGGCUUUCAAAAUGUAUAUAGAAUAUAUAUAUAUAGACUAUAAUUGCUAAGUAUUGCAAACUUAGUUUAUAUUUCAAAUUAUUUUGUAUUAAAAAGUACGAGAAAGAUAGUCGGAACCUAAAGGUACUUAAUGUAUGAUAUGCUGUAAUGACUUGAAAUCAAGGUGUCUAGUUUAAGUACAGUAACAGUGCAGUUGUAAGGCAUGUGAAUAGUUUUAAUAGGUUGUAUGUUAUUAAAUUAUUUUUCUCAUCCAUGUAUGCAGAAAUUCAAGGUGGUUUUAACUUAAAAUUAUGUAAUUAAUAUAUAUUAUCUAUCUCCUAUAACAUUUAUUUAUUAUUAUCACAGUUAAUUUACCUAUACUAUAGAAGAAAGUAAGUUAUUACUUGAGGGUUUUUUUUUGCUGAUAGCUAAAAGGCUGCAUCAAAACAAUCUUAAUAAAGACACUUCACACCUUUUACAGUUGA